AUGGAUGAUCAAACCACGUCAAGUAAGUUGCCAAAAGCAGCAUAUAUUCUAAAUGUGAUAUUAUUGGUAUCAAGUAUAGAUGAGCAUAUGACAUCAUCUCUGGCACUAUUAUUUUAUCGUAACAAAUUGAAUUUUUCAAACGAAGAAGCGUUGGCUUUGGCUCAUGCAGUUAGCAUGGCUAGUCUCUUCAUUUCCCCAUUCGGAGCACUACUGACUGAGAGUUAUGGAAAUAAAUACUUGAUCAUGAUCGUCCAAUAUAGCGCCCUUAUACUUAUGCAAAUUUCUUUAAUACUUGCAGCGAUUCCUGCAUUCCGAUCAUUUGCACAUUUUAUUAUUUAUAGUAAGAGUAUAUUUAGUAUUGGUGUGGCUAUUGUUGUAAACUCAGUACCAUUUGCCUUCGACGGAAACCAGUUUAACAUGCCAGCUGAAUUACCUGCACUAAUGAAAUUUUAUCGAAUACAAUAUCUUAUUCAUAAUUGCGGAGUAUUUGUAGGACACUACUUGGGACCCUUAGCCAAAACUUCGGUCGCUUGUUUGGGUGAACAAGAUUGUUAUUUAUUGCCAUAUGGCAUGAGUUUAAUUUUUGGAAUAGCAUCUUUGAUCAUAUUUUUGGCUGGAACUCGUUUAUAUAAGAACACGAAACCGGAACGUAACAUGGCACUCGACAUCACAAAAUGCGUUUGGUAUGGUGCGACUCAUUGGUGCCAAGAAAGAAAAAGCAAUCCACAGAAACACUGGUUAGAUCAUGCUGAACCAAAAUUUGGAACUCAACUUGUAAUUGAUAUUAAAACAGCAAUAAACAUGCUCACUAUUUUCACCGUUAUACCAUUAUACAGUGCUGUAUAUAGUCAAUUGGAUAGAGAGUGGUUACUUCAAGCAGCAAGAUUAGAUGGGCGUAUGGGAUUUUUUACAUUCAUUCCAGAACAUUUUAAUUUGGUGAACCCAGUUUUAGCAUUAAUUCUAAUGCCAAUAUUCACAAAUUUCUUAGAUCCCUUCAUAAAGCGCUGGAAAAUGGAUCGCAUGUUUCGAAGAAUGAUUUUUGGAGGAGUAAUGGCCGCAAUUUCAUUUGUAUUAUCAGGAUGUGUAGAAUCAAAAAUUAAGCUUGAAAAUCCUAUACUUCCAGAGCAAAAUGAAGUGCAAAUAAGAAUAUUUAAUGGUUUUAAUUGCUCGUGCUUCAUUCAUAUGCCCGUUAUUUCUGAUAGAUCUUUUGAAGUACCUGCAUAUGGAGCUUACACUAAUAAACACGUUAUUAUUAAUGUUUCUCAAACAAUACAAGUAUCUGCAGAAGGUCUGUGCUUUGAACCAAUAAGUGAAAUUAUGAAUGCAGAUGCUGGUACUGCCUUGUCAAUAUUUAUAACAUAUCAAAAUGGCGAAAUAUAUAUAACUUCUUACAUUGAAACUGUAGCGAAAACUGAACAGGGUUUACCUAUUUUGACCGUGAUUGGAGCAAACUAUAAUGAUUCUGUGAUGGUUUAUGACUCUAAAGGUGUAGAAGUACCAAUAAAUGUUAUAACAAGUGAACUAGCUGGUCAUAUAAUACGAACUAGCGAUAACAGAUAUGUGCAAGUAGUUGCUGAGAAUUAUAAGUUAAUCGUAAAUGGUCAGAAGAAACAGGAGUUCGAUUUACAUCAAGGUGGCAUAUAUCUUGCCGCAAUUUGUGAUACUGUCGUGGUUAUGUUUACAAUUACUGAACCGAAUUCCGUACAUGUUGCUUGGAUGCUACCACAAAGCAUAUUUCUAAUAUUUGGUGAAGUUUAUUACGGGAUUACAUUAAACGAAUUCAUUUACAGCGAGGCACCAGAUUCACUAAAAGUUUUAAUUGCCGCUUUAUCCAAAUUUUUAGAUGGUGUGGGUGAAGCUUUUGUGGUUUUGGUGCUAAAAUUAGUACAUAUUGAUGAAGAUUAUAUAUUUUAUAUGUAUGCGCUUUUACUUCUAUUGAAUAUGUGUUGGCUAGCGUUUAUUGGAAGGAGAUUUAAAUCCUUGCAAACUAAUGAAGAACUAAUGUGA